GGUGGGCGGUUGUGCGGUCGGACGUUUUAUAAAAAAAUACUAUCGCAAUCUACUUGGCAAACUAUUUCGUCAAGUGAAUUUCUUUACAAAAUAAUACAAAGAAUUUAAAACGUUGGAAAUUUUUCAAUUAAUAUUACGCAUUUGAUUUUUGAUUAAGAAAAACGUGCAGAAUCGCUUACAAUUAUAAUUAAGAAAACUAAACCGGCCGUGCGCAAAGUUUUGCCUUUUUAAUUUUUUUCUUGUGUGUUUUCAAUAGUAUUAAAAACUGGGUGAACUUAAGAGAACACCUCGAUGAGAAUCAACCCGAAAGAUACUUUUUGCUUUGCGCGGACGUGUGUGUGUGCGAGGUAUUUUUUUUUUCGUCUUUUUGGUUUGCCGAGUAAAACGGGCAUUACUGUAAUCGCGGGUGUAAACAACAACAACAAAUAAAAGGCAACAACAAAUUUGAGUUGUUACGUUACGUAUACGUAUAUAUAUUCUUGCAUUUCGUUCAAUCCAAUUGUAAGGCGGCGCCAAGUGAAAAGAGAAGUGAAUGUGAAUUUUGUCGAGAGCAAGAAAAGAAUAGCCUUUUCGUUUUCCGUAUACGCCCCCCAAAUGCGCUAAAAUAAAUGUGAAUUCAAAAAUUAAUAUAUUUUGUGAACAAACUCCUUCCUAUACAUAUCAGGACUAUCUAAAUCAAUGUGAAUAAAUAAAUAAAUAAGUCAAACACAAAACAUAUCAAUAAAAAACCGACAUAAUAUCAAAAGGAAUGGCUAAUCCUGAAUUUUAAAUCACAAAACGAGUUCCAUAAACACAUAUCAAAGGAAACAAAAAGCAGCACUACAAAACAUAUCAAAGCCAUCGAGUGAAACAAAAAAACGCUAGAUUUAGGAAUUCUUGAAAAGAAAUACACAAAAAUCUUGAAAAACAAACCACCCAGAGACGUGGCUUAGCAACAGGUCUCUUCCUCCAGUCCCACCCUAGUUUCCAUCCACCACGAGACCCAAUAACUACACUACAUACUAAAGCCAUAAUAACCGUGACUAGCCGGCCGCAUUGAGUCCGAGUGAAAUAAGUAGUUAGUCAAUUCAAAUAAUGUACAUACGAUAGGAUCGAUGUUACCAAAAAAUUUAAUGUCCCUCCAUGAUAUUCCCAAGCGAAAAAAAGAAAGAACUAUGGCGUUAUGCGUCAAGAAACAAUCCGGCAAUGUCCGAUGGGCUACCCAUACAGUCACCACAGCCGCUGCACCCUCAACAUCGACUCCACCCUCAGAGGAUGGGAGAGCAGCGGCUAUCGAUUGGCAGCCGCGGCUCCUGCAACGACGAGUCCUUGCGACUAGCUCAGACCUCGACUCCUCCGCCGCCGUACAAUUGCAUAGACUGCUCUGGAUCCUAUUCUCAGAAUUCCAACCACAGGCAACGACAUCAGCACCAUCAGCAUCAGCCCCAGCAUCAUCACAACAGACUGGAUGGAGUAUUAGCAGAGACACAGACGGACAUAUACGCAGACUUCUUGCCAACAGAAGAUUCGGACAGCGACUACGCAACGCGAGCCGUGAAUACAUACACCAAAGGUGGUGCAUCCGGUUGCGAAAGCUCGAACGACGACUCGUUGAACGAGAGAAGAAGCGUCCGAUCACAGCAGGAGCCACCACGGAUGGAGCCGCCGACACCGCCAACGAAUCUACAAUCAACCCAGACCAACAAUCGAUUCUUCCCAAUUGCAACGUCUGCGGCAAAUAUGUUUCGAAACUGCUGCGGCGGCAGUCAUGCCAACGAAUCGAGCAGUUCGAACGGCCAUCAUCCCGGAAUUCCAUCUACCAGCCACAAUCCCAAUCCCCAACAGCACCAGAGCCAAACAGCGGCAAAUCCGAGACAUUCGAUUCCGCUGACGUCAGCGACUCGCAAACGCAAAGAUUUCGACGCCUUUAUAAAGCAGCUCAAGCACAAGCAACCUGCCGACCUGUUGCGUGCCGUGAAAAGUCGCGUGGAUCUGCCGGCGAAAACGAACUCAUCCAUAACCGGCGGCGGCAACGUUGUUGUCCCAUCUGCCUCGCCAAGCUACUUGAAAUGCAUUUUAAUCAAAUGCACAACAAUUGCCACCGAGGAGGAUCUGCAUCAUGUUACAGCAUGCCGGUUAUUCUUUUGGCCGGACCUCAGGAAUGGUGCCGAACUAAAACGCCUGCCUCUCUGUCCCACUGCUGGAGACUCUGUCUACGCAUGUUGCAAUCCAUUGCACUGGUUUCGCAUAUUACACCUCAUCGAUGCAGAAUCCGAACCGCCACCAUACCACCGCUCAAAAAUGCUCCGAUUGAGAGAUGCAGAUUCCGAAGAAGACUUCCCAAACGUCGAAAAGUCAAUUAUACCCACAUGGAUGGCCCCGAGACCCAACAGUGGUCGGAGCAGUUCCAGCAUUUCAAGCAUCAUCAAGCAAACCACGCAAACCACCACCACCGAAUCCCAGUUGUUCGGCCCAAGUCUGGAAUCUUUUACCACUGACGGCAAAGAUCGCACCGCCUAUAGCAAAGGAUGGUGCCAGAUUGCCUAUUGGGAGCUGGCCCAACGUGUCGGCGAGUUCUUCUACGCCAAGGAGCCGGCUGUCAAUAUAUUUACUGAAGGUCCUGAUGAUUUCGGUGGUGAUAGCAUGUGUCUGCUCGAUUUGAAGGCGUCUAAAGUCGGAAAGGCCAAGUCCUCGGAUGCAGUGCAAAAUACGCGUCAAAAAGUUGGUUUGGGUGUUACUUUGAGCUUAGAGUGCGAUGAUGUAUGGAUUUACAAUCGUGGCAAUGUUCCAAUAUUCGUAGAUUCUCCCACUUUAGCGGAGGACAUGGAUCGGGUUUGCAAAGUGAUGCCCGGCUAUUGUCUGAAGGCCUUUCAAAUGCACAGGGCUCAAUCGUUGGCUGGUCGACAAACGCAUCAUCCUCACUUGGGGCCCAUUGACCAGUUUAGUAUGAAAAUCAGCUUUGCCAAAGGAUGGGGUUACACCUACCGACGUCAGGAUAUUAUGGGCUGUCCAUGCUGGUUGGAAGUGCACUUUACUUGCUUGCGGUGACGACAAUGUUCGCAGCAGACUCUCAUCAAAGCCAUGCAAGUUUCAUUACCACCAGCAGCUGCAGCAGGAGGAACUUUGCACCACCGUAUCGUCGAACCCAUUUACACCACCGAGCAAGUUCGCGUUCUUUGGCGAUCACGUUUAAUUUUAGGCAAACUCCAACACUUGUGGAACAAGCUGUAUUGUAAAGUUUGCUUCUUUAAACAAUCGGAAACGGUAUCGAAAUAGUGCCUGACAACAAGAACAACAACCACAACAACCCAAUACAUAAAAAUAACAACGGACUGCAAAUAAAAUCAUUUAUACAUAAUUUGUGAAACAAGUUUCAAUUAAUUGAAUAAUUGGCAACAACGAAGAUAAUUAUUACUUUAAAAAUAUUAAACACGAGACGAUAGAACUAUAUAUGAAGGACAAACUAAAAUACAAAAUACAAUUUAAUUGAUUGUUAAACUUACAUAGCUAAAAUUAAAAUCCUGUGAUUCACCCUAAAGAUGAUACAUACAUACAUAUAUAUAAAAAAUUACAUCCCUUAUUAAUUUAAAACACAUGUAUACAAUGCAACGCAAAUAAUUACAUUAAGGUCAAAAGUUUCCAGAAAAACGAGUCCAAUUAGACAUUCAUAUAAACGCAUAAAACUUGAACAUCACAAUCCUGAAAAGAAACAUCACUGUAGAACUCCUUGGCCAAUACAUCUAUUAUUAUUAUUAUUAUUAUAAACCCACCUGAAUAUAAUGUCAGAUAAACCAAUCCGUCAGUACUCUGAUGUAUUUCUAUAUGAUUUUCACAAUAGUUUCAACUGCAGCUGCAGCCAGCAAUUGUUGUUUCUAGUUCAAAUGCCAAUCCAAGAACAAGAUUUACUAUGAAUUUUAAUUUUAUGUGUUUAACAAUUUAACUCUCAUGCGUAAAACGAUGAAAUGUUUCAAAAAGAAAACAUCAUGGUCAAACAUUUUUUUAU